AUGGAACACGAACUCGGCUCCGUGGAGGUGCUCGAAGAAGCCGACGUCUCCAUUCCCGUCAUCUUGCCCUAUGAAAACGUCUACGUGAUCCAGGUCGGCAUACGUGCCUUCAAACUCUCGGGAGCGUCGCUUUCGUCCGAUGCACCCUCGUACUUCUCCAAUUUCUUUUGCCAGAAGGAUAACAACAAUAGAGUGCUCUUCGUGGACCGAAGCCCCGUUGUGUUCGAGAAAAUCUACUUGCAUUUGCAGGGUUACCAUGUCGGGAUCGAGGACGAACUCGACUACAUGCAUCUAUGGCAAGAUGCACUGUAUUUCGGGUUGCGGAAGCUCCAGCGGCUUCUAAAGAACGAGCCGCUUUUCGCGCGGGUCGGAGAUCGCCUUUUUCGUAUUCCUCGCCAUCUUUUCCGGCUGGAAAACUGCCCAAACUUCUUUCUGUUGAGCUCCGAUAGUCUAGUCAUGGAUGCGUUGCCGCCAGGCGUUUCUGCUCCCAUGAUAAGGCCGCCACCACAGAGACCGCAUUUGACAGUCAACCGGUCCCCGCAGUUGUUCGCCGAUUUGAUGGAGAUUUUAUGGGGAAACACGGGCGUCAUCAAAGACGACAAGCAUCGGCUCUUGCUCGUGAAGGAGUGCCGCUACUACCGUUUUCUCGAGCUUGAACAGCGCAUCUUGCCUCACAAAAUUGUUUAUAAUCCAUUCACGCAACAGGAAGAAAUCAUCAUGCGACUAGAGGAUAUCCGCCGUGGCGGCCUCGAGAACAGUACCAGCCCCAACGAGGAACUGAAUAUAACGUAUGUCCGGCCACACAUGAUCAGUGAGCCCCGAAGAACACUUGUUUUGCAGAUCGACGCCAGUCCGCACUCCGAAUUGCGGCUUGUGAUGAGUCGCAAGACGGAGGUUGCGCUGUUGGUGAUUUCGAACAAGAUUGCCGCUUUGCUCCUUACUAAUUUCCCCGAGUUUGGUGCAAUUUACGCUGACGAUGUCAAAACGGGCAAGUUGACUUUAUUGUGUGGGCUACAAAUGUCCAGUGUCAUCAUUAACGGCAUGUCGUUGCGCCAUGACUGGUAUUUGGACUUCCUAACGCGAGCAAAUCAGGAGCCCCAGGCCAAGAUGCAAAAGACCAAUGCAAGCGGUGACUAUGUGGAGUUCAAAAUCUUGAAGUCGACGUGGAGGAUUAUUCAAUGGGAACGGCGGAUGCGACUUCAGGCUGUAUCUAUCGAGGCCAUAUCUGACAAUUACAAUUACCACCAAACGUUGGGAUUUCUCUGA